AGGAAAUUCAACCCCCCUACGAAAACAUUUGGUCCUUCGAGCCGGAUACUAAGAUCCUCUCGAACCACUAGCAUCGGUGGAAUUUCAUCCAUAUUUCAAGCUAACUUCCUGAUAUUCGUCAACCUAGAUCCCGUUUCCAUGGCUCCGAGACCGCGUUCAGUACAGGCAUCGAAAGAGGAGCGCAGAUGUUCGCGAGGAACUGAGUCCUUCCGUUGCCGAGUCUGUCGCGGAAUCCAUCCUCUGAAGCGAUGCCGUCGCUUCCUGCGGCUGAACGUGGAGAAGAGGAUGAGGGCAGUGCUGGCGAAUAAGUACUGCGCCAAUUGCCUGGCCCACCAACAUUCCGGAGGAAGCUGCUUAAGCGGUGAUAAGUGCCGAAUCUGUGAGGAGGAUCACCACACGCUGCUUCACUUCCAUGAACAGCCACGUCGACGCACUCCAAGCUCCGUCGUACGCCGAGUCACCCCCGAGUCCUCCAGACGAAGGGUCGCGCCAACGCCAGCCUCCGAUCCGAAACUGACCUUGACCACACUGCUGCAGCACCGCAAUCCGCAUCUGAUGCCACGGCGAUGGUGCGUAUUGAGACGGAGGGAAAAACCUUCGACGUGA